AUGCCCGCGGGGUUGAACUGUCAUCAAGCGAUUAGGGAUGAUACAUCUCCGCGGCCCUCCAAGAUGCCCAAAAAGAAAGUGAAAACCGAAGAGGCGUCGCCUGAGGGCGGCGGGAGCGAAGGAAAUGCGAACGUGAUGGGUGACCGGUAAUAUGAGGCCACUCCCGACCCAUGCAAGGGAUCGUGCUCUUUCAGGGACUCGCCUCCCCUGGCCCAUCGCCGAGUCUUUUGAACUCAGCCCGCACAAAUCCGGCAUUCACUCGCCGUCGUCGUCCUCGUGGCCUGCGGCGAGAAUGGAUUUCCUAUUCAGGCCCGAAAAUCGAAGCCGAACAGAAUGCCCUAAAAGGAGGAAUGACGGGCCCCUCCCCGGCCCCAAAGACACAUCGCUAUCUUGAUUUGGGCUGA